GGGAUCCACCUCUACAUGAAUAUUAGAACCCCUCCUGGCCUCCUCUCUACGUAUUGGCAAAAAUCUAAACAGGAGUGGGGCAGGGUUGUUCUCGUGCUUCUGUAUCUGUAUCUUUUCUCCACAGAACACCCAUCUCCGCACUUACGCUCCAUUACGGUUAGGGUUUUCUGUCCACUCUCUGUUGUUCUACAUACUCUUGAAAUAUGUGAUAUGGUAAGGGUUUUCGCAUUUUGAUUUGAUCUUUCAAUGCCUCGGUGCUUUUAUGUGCAAUUGUUUUUUGGGAAACGUAGAAAGUGUAGUCGCGCUUUCUCUGAAAGAAGCGUUCAAUUUCGGUGCCGCAAAACCCGUGGAAUUGUACCGUGAAAUUUUUGUUUCUGUAAAGUGCAUGACUUUAAUUUGACGGGCAGUGGUGAGUCUUGGUGGAAUUUUAUGGCGCCGAGCCGAAGAAAAGGUUCCAGCAAGGCUGCUGCUGCUGCUAAUCGCCGACAGUGGAAGGUCGGUGAUCUUGUGCUUGCUAAGGUGAAAGGGUUUCCAGCGUGGCCAGCUAUGGUGAGCGAACCAGAUAAGUGGGGUCACUCAUCUGAUUGGAAAAAAGUGUUUGUCUACUUCUUUGGAACCGAACAAAUACGGAGCCAUAACUUGCUGCUUAACUGAACAGUGCAGAAGAUCACAUUCUCUCUCCAUGCACUUAGUAUACAGGUUUACACGUUUUUCGGUCCUCCUUUUUUCAAUAACAAUUUAGCCUUUUGUACAGUGGCUUCUGCAAUCCUGUAGAAGUUGAAGAAUUUACAGAAGAAAAGAAAGAGUCUCUUUUGUUAAGACGUCAUGGUAAAGGUGCUGAUUUUGUUCGUGCACUGAAUGAGAUCAUUGAUUGCUUUGAUAAACUGAAGAAACAAAGCCAAGAUAUCAGUACUAACUGUACCAAUGAAACCAACUCGAUGAAAGAAAAUAGUUCUGCCGAGUUCUCGACCAAAAUGGGGCCAAAGGAAGAAACUGCCGCAGUUACACUUAAAUCACAUCUAAGGACACCCGUUUCUUCUGGAGAAACACAUGAUCUGAACUUCCUAACUGAAGCUGCUGUAGCUGCAGCAGCAGAUGGUCUGCAUGAUGAGGACAUGCUACUAGAAGAUUCUGAUGCUAAUUGUACAGGUAUGGAGAAGCUUUUGUUGACUGCUUACUCUACAAGGAGCAAAGCUGAACUCAGCCGACCAGAAAAAGGUGUCUCAGAGCGAAGGACGUCUGCACGAAGGUCUAUAGGUUCAUCAAGGAUUGGCCCCCAAGACAUGACGUUGCCUUCUAGCAAUAAUACUAGGAGUUCUCGGCGUGUUGUUACUAAUGCAUUGUGGGAUUCAUCUCUGAGAAGAAGUAAAAGGAUUAUGAAGGUGCCUGAUGAUACUGAUGGACAUCAAAUGGACUCACCUGCUUUUGUAUCAAACGAUAGUGAUGGUGAAAAUGAUUCUGAUUCUGUGACAGUCUCUGAUAAUCUUAGCUGUGAUGACAGCAGCACUUUAGACUCCAGUUGUAAACCAAAGCAACCUGAGUCUGUUGUUGAAAACUGUGACGGGGAAAUUGAAUUAAGUGAUAGGCUUGACUUUCAGACUAAUACUGUCAUCAUUAAAAAGAAGCGGAAGCCAAAUCGGAAAAGACACAGCAAUGGUACAGCUAACUUGGUAGCUAGAUUAGAUAGAGUAAUUUCUGAGACUGAGGUGCUGAAAGUUGAACAUGUUUUACCUAGUAAUGAUGGGAAAUCAGCUGAAAAAUGUACUAAAGAAGAUAGUGAUGAGCACUUACCACUAGUGAAAAGAGCCAGGGUUCGCAUGGGCAGACCAUCACCUUCUGAGGAUGAGCUAGGUUCGUCAGUGUGUAUGGAGGAAAACUCGUUGGAUGUUUCUAAAAGCCUUGGAAUGCAGCCCUCUGGUCCCUUAAAUUCCAAGGAAGAUGGUUCUUUCGAUUGUAAGCCUGUUUAUGUUGAAGGUGGUUCAGAUAAUCUCUCUGCAUUUGAUACAAGUCUUUCUAGGAAGCCUCAGAGUUGGGAAUCCAGAAAUAAUUUCGUCGAUGGUGAAGCUGCCUUACCUCCGUCUAAACGCCUACAGCGUGCCUUGGAGGCCAUGUCAGCUAAUGCAGCUGAAGAUAGUCUAACAGUUACAGCUGGUCUCUCAACGGUGAAUAUGUCGACUAAUGGAUAUUGUUGUAGUUCGCCUGGGGACUGCCAUGAGCUGUCAAUAGUGAGUGGAGGUGAGAUCCAAUCUGGAGCAGGGACGAUGGAAGGUGCGGAUUGUAGACAUCUUAAAGAUUCCUCACAUGACCAGCCUUCAAAAUUCAAUAUUGUGGAACCUAAUCUAAAACCAGAUUCACCUAUUUCUGGUAAAAAACAUGUUCAUUUAGAUUGCACUAGUUCUACUGAUCACCGCGAAACUGAGUGUUCUGAGUUGGCCAAACCUUUCAAGGGAUCUCAUGCUGAUAUUACCUUGGAGGAAGAAAUUUCUCUAGGUUCACCACAAAAUGACACUAAUAUGUAUCUGGACAAAGGGUGUAGUAAAGGUGAUAAAACUCCUGAGAUGCACAACCAUUUAUUAGCCGAAACAAAUCAAGAGAAUCGAAUGCCUGAGUUUGCCAAAGAAGAUGAAUCAAUAUCAAAGGAUCCCUCUGCUACUUCUAUGAAGGUUAUGACCGAUAGUCGUAAUCAAGAAUUAUCUCAUUCUUUUGAUGAUCAUAUGGGCGACAAAACUCUCUCAUUCACUCAGACAUCUUCAUCUCCCACUGAUGGGCUGGAUUCUGAUGGACGGGCAUCUCCACCCAGUUCGUCCAUAUGCAAAACGUCUACAUCGGAAAAGAAUAAUUUUCUUGAAAGUAAUAGUCGCAGUCCUGAUGUUUUAUUGCUUCUUGGCAAAGCUAAGCUCGCUGGCAAGUCAAGCAUCAAAGGAGAAGCUAAUAAUGCUCUAUCAUCCUUUGAAACCAUUCUUGGAUCAUUGACAAGGACAAAAGAAAGCAUAGGUCGAGCAACACGCAUGGCAAUUGAUUGUGCAAAAUUUGGUUCUGCCACAAAGGUGGUGGAAAUUCUUGCCCGAAAUUUGGAAAAUGAGUCAAGUUUGUCCAGAAGAGUGGACUUGUUUUUCCUCAUUGAUUCUAUCACGCAAUGCUCUCGAGGCAUGAAAGGUGAUGGUGGCAUAUAUCCCUCAGCAAUCCAACCACUAUUGCCACGCCUAGUGUUGGCUGCUGCUCCUCCUGGUAGUUCUCAUGAAAAUCAUAGGCAGUGUUUGAAGGUCUUGAACGUGUGGCAUGAGAGAAAGAUUCUUCCAGAACCCAUAAUCCGCCACCAUAUCCGUGAACUGGAUGCCAUUUGUAGUUCAUAUCUUACUGGGGCGUCCUCUCGCCGACCUUUAAGAAAUGAAAGGGCUUUUGAUGAUCCUAUUAGACAAAUGGAGGGUAUGCCUGUUGAUGAAUAUGGAAGCAAUUCAAGUUUUCAACUACCUGGUUUUUGUAUGCCCCCAAUGCUAAGAGAUGAAGAUGGAGGAAGUGAUUCUGAUGGAGAGAAUUUUGAGGCUGUCACUCCUGAGCAUGAUGCUGAAAAUGUUGAUGAAGAAAGGAAUCCAGUUCCUACAGUUGAGAAGCAUAGACAUGUCCUAGAAGAUGUUGACGGGGAGCUUGAAAUGGAGGAUGUGGCUCCCGCUUGCGAAAUCGAAAUUAAUUCCGUUAGCAAUAUUUCUGGAGCGGGUGAUGAACAGGUGUCGAAUCAUCAAUCUGAUAGUUCUUUUGGGGCUCCAUUUGCUCCUCCACCCCCUAAGGACAUAUCACCAUCUCCUGCUCUGCCCAGGUCUCCCCACCCUCCAGUUUUACCUCUUGCGAUGCCUGAUUCUGUUUCUCAUGGUUCUAAUUGGAAGCUUUAUCCUAGUGCGCAGAAGAUUAAGAGCCAUAUCCAGGAACCUCUUACAAAGCAGUCUAUCCUGCCAAAUAAUAACCUGACAACCUCUGAUGCUGUGCAUCAUCAUGCUCACGACAAUAGAAAUUUCGAAGCGCAGAUGCCAAGGACGUCUGACUUCCCUAAUUCAUGUUCUUUCAGCAGUCAGACUGGCUCCCAUCCAUUCGCGCAAGCUUGUAAUACCAUGUUGCCAGCUGAUGGUGCUUUCAACAAGGGUUUUCAUUUGCGUCCACCUCACCCUUCUCCUACAAAUCAGUUCUCAUAUGUCCAAGAUCAGCGAAUGCAGUCCCGGAGGGAUGUUCCAGUCCCUUCCUAUCAUAACAGAUUCGAUGUGCAGAAUUCUGGAAAUGGAAAUUUUUACAGAGAUCAUGAUAGAAUGAAGUUUGCUCCUCGCGAUAAUAUUGGAGAGUGCUGGAAGCCUCCAUUGCCUUCCGUAUCUGGCCCAUGCUAUCCUGAUGGCGGCAGGAUGCCCCAUGCACCUGUCUCUUACACCGGUCCGCCUUGUGAGCCACCAUUACCUGACAAUUGGUGGGCCUGGCCACCCCAGCCUAUGAAUCACAGGCAAUUUAUUCCUUACAGACAACCUUCUGAAGGUCGAAUUCCUGUGGCGAAUAGAGAUUUCCUGCAGAAAAUUGAGAACCUUGAUCGCCGCUUGAGACUUGAAAUGCACGACCAUCUCCUUUUCUUUUCCAAUUUGGUGGCUUUCCAUUCAGAUUCCAACAGUUUUCACGUGUAUGCCCUGUUCUCUUGCAGUGAUCACACCGAGGUCCUCACUUUUGGAGACCAAGUUGAGCUAUCUGACACAACCGUAUCAUCAAGUGGGGUACACUUUUAUCAUCUGGGUGCCGUGGCUGGUUUAAAAAGUCAUCUCAUGAUUGACAACAUGCUAUUUGUCAAACAUAUCAUGCUGCUAUGGCCCGAGAGGAAAAGCUCAUCGUGCAACUGUACAUAAGCGUUUUACCAUUCCUUCUGCAGUUAGUAAAUGAGAAUAUCAAUUCAGUUUGGUGGGAAAUGUGUUGGACCCCUGGGCUGUUAACU